CUGGACGGGGGCGGGCUCUCCGGGCACCCAUUGGCUACCGCCCCCCAACACCAGGGCUCCCCCCAUCUCCCCCCGACAUCAGUCCGUCCCGCUUCCAGCUGCUGCAGCCGCGCCUUCACCGCCUCGGCAUCCAGCCGCCCCCUGCUCCGGCCAGGCAUGGCGACCCCGACCCAGGCCACCACAGAGGCUCCUCAGGAACCUGACCCAUUUUACUAUGACUAUGACACUGUGCAGACUGUGGGCAUGACUCUGGCUACCAUAUUGUUCCUGCUGGGCAUUCUCAUCGUUAUCAGCAAGAAGGUGAAGUGCAGGAAGGCCGACUCCAGGUCUGAGAGCCCGACCUGCAAAUCCUGUAAGUCGGAGCUUCCCUCCUCAGCCCCUGGAGGUGGCGGCGUGUAAAACCGCCCCCGGGCUCCUCCACUGCUGUCCCUGGCUGAGCGCGGCAGCCUGAGGGCCGGGUGGAGGCGGUGGGGACCCCAGCCCUGCGCCAGGGAGCGCUCCCCCGAAUGAGCCGCCUCCCCCACCCCGAGGCUGGAGCCGCUGCACCCCGCUGCCCGUCCCCAGGCCUUGGCAACGACGAUUCCCCAAGAGCCCGUCUGCAUCCCAGAUCCAGGGACUCAGGCCUCCAGCUCCCGGGGUCCAGGAGUCCCCCCCCAGCCCCCCGAACCCCCCUGUCCUGCUCCCCUGCUCCUCCUUGUCUCCUCUCCGAAGAUCCAGUCCCCUGCACCCUCGGUGUCCACGUCUUGAGCUUAAUAAAUGGGCAUUCGGUUUUUUCCCCUG